UCCGUCAGUCAGUAGCUCUCUAGCGUCAGUGCAUUUAAAAGUUGUGGUUUUUGCCCCUCGCAAUCGGCAAUCUUACUGGAAGAAUCGACGCGAUCGACGGAAAGAAAAUUCUGGACGUACGAAUCGUCGGAGCCGCGGUCAAGCCGGAAAAAAAAUCAACGAACCAACCAAAGACCAGCGAACCGAACGGGGGCUGUUGAGAGCCCGUUCUUGAACGGUGGUGAUAAGACGGUGCUUCUAUCUGUAGACGACGGUGACGACGAAUUUCCGAAGACGUUUUCAGCGACCGGUCAGCGAGCUUGCACAAAUCUGCGGUCGUGGUCCUCCGAAAAAAAACUACAAGAAAAACAGCGGACCCCUGAUAAUUGCUAAUCAACCAGGAUGGGUCUUAAGUUUCUACUCUUUACCAACCAGCAGCAACACCGGAGCUCCCACGGUGGUCGAAAAAUCAUGGAGGGAUCGGGAGACGGUUCCCCGCAAUCGUCAAUGUGCAUGGUGAAGGCGGCCGAGCUAUUCCCGAAGCCGGUUCUCGAGAAGGAGGAAGAAAGCUUAACCGCACGCUUCACGUACCUUGACGGUGAAUCAGUACGAUACCUCGGCCAGACUGAUGACGGUAUCCUAGCCCUGUCCAACUAUAGACUGUUUCUGCAGAAGAGCAGCACCGGCGCGGAGGUGUCCGUCCCGCUCGGGCUGAUCGAAUCGACGCAGGUACGCGAUCUGUUCCAUCUGAUCGUCAACUGCAAGGAUGCCAGCACCGUGAAAUGUUCAUUCUCCACAUCGGAACAGUGCAGCGAGUGGCAUCGACGAAUAUCGCUGUCAAUCGGUGUGCCCGAAACGCUCGAAGCCCUGUUCGCUUUCCCGUUUCACGCGUGGGCCUCGGAGUCGCCGACGCUUAACCAGGACAACGAGUGGGCCGGUCGGCUGCAGCGCGACGGCUCGCUGGAUGACGACUUCCGGCGGGAGGCAGAACGGUUGCAGUUCGAUCUGCAAGGCGCCUGGCGCAUCAGCCAAGCGAAUGCGGACUUUAAGCUGUGCCCCUCCUAUCCCCGGCUGCUGCUGGUGCCGGCCUGCAUUUCCGAUGACACGCUUCAAAAUGUGGCCAGCUUUCGGAGCUCGCGUCGCAUUCCGGCCGUAGUCUGGCGGCAUCAGCGAACCGGGGCAGUGAUCGCACGUUGCAGUCAACCGGAGGUGGGUUGGCUCGGGUGGCGCAACUCGAAGGACGAGCAGCUGCUGAAGGCGCUCUCGGACGCGUGCUCCUUCGACCGUGGAACGCAGGAUCGGGCCAGUGAUGGGACGCGCCGUACGACUACGACGCGCACUCGGCACAGCUCGGAGGCGUCGAGCGAGAACAGUCCACCGGCGAGCCCCGAAGGUAGCCACGAGGAGGUCGAGAUGGACGAGCCGAAAAAGAUCCUUAUCGUGGACGCACGCUCGUACACGUCAGCCGUGACGAACCGCGCGCGGGGUGGUGGCUGCGAGUGCGCCGAGUACUAUCCGAGCGCCGAGAUACAGUUUAUGAGCCUGGGCAACAUUCACGUGAUAAGGAAAAGUUUUCACGCGCUACGCCAGCUGUGCGCCUCGCAGGCGGACAUUCCAAACUGGCUCGGGUUGCUGGAACGCACACUGUGGUUGCAGCAUCUGUCGGGAUUGUUGGCCGCGUCAAUGGUGGUCUGCCAUGCGAUUGAGCGCAGUGGUCGGCCGGUUCUGGUGCAUUGCUCCGAUGGCUGGGACCGCACGCCGCAGAUCGUUGCCACGGCCCAGCUCUGCCUCGAUCCGUACUACCGCACGAUCGAGGGGUUCCGGGUGCUGGUCGAGCGAGAGUGGCUCAACUUUGGCCACAAGUUUGCCGACCGCUGUGGCCACGGGCCGGGAUCGGAUGAGACAAACGAACGGUGCCCCGUGUUUCUACAGUGGCUUGACUGCGUCCAUCAGAUCCACCGUCAAUUUCCGUGCAGUUUUGAGUUCGACAUGGGCUACCUGAUUAAAUUAGCGCAACAUUCGCACUCGUGCCUGUUCGGGACGUUCCUCUGCAACACGGUGAAAGAGCGUCAGGAAAACAGCGUCCCCGAUCGGACGUUCUCCGUGUGGCCUUUCCUAUCGGGGCCGAUCUACAAGAAUCACCUGUACAUGCCGAACCGCGAGCGUGUCCUGUGGCCGGCGCACAAUGUACGUGACCUUCGUCUAUGGACCGAGGUGUACCUUGGCAGCUGGGGUGGUGGUCAGCAACAGGCGAACCCUUCGGAGGAUUACCAGGGAGCAGUUGGGUCCGCCUCUACCAUGACAACGGUACAGGUCAGCGCUUCGAACGGGAGCGACAAUGCACCGACGGGCGCUGACAUCAACGGGCCAGUAGUAAACGGUACCACCGUGAGUGGUGCUCCUGUCAUUCAAGCUACGGGCCAGGAGCUGAACGGUUCCAUGACAAAAACUCGAUCAUACAGUGAUAUCAAGGAGGCUACCAAUAGUGUGGCUGGUGGCGUUGGUAUCGGCGUCUUGGCACGGCGAUCCAGUGACCCAAGCAUGAGCGUAGAUCCCUCGAGCAUUCUUAGCGGAACAUCAGGGUGCGCGCUCAAGCAUCUGGCUCAGCAGGAGGACAGCUUGAACGAUUCAAACUUCUCUUCCGAUCGCGAAACCUCGCCUCACCCUCUACUGCUCGACGAGCACCCUAGUGGCAUCCUGCUACAUCAUGAAAUGACCUCCAGUCUCGCCGCCAGUUCCUUCAGCAUACAACAUGCUACACAAAAGCUGCAAAGUCUUACCAGAGAAUUAAACCAAUCAGACGAGGAGCUCGAAAGCACCAUCAUUGGCAAGCGCCCCGCGAUGGCGAUAACGAAGGCAACAGAUGGCGAUUUACCUGCAACACCUUCCACCACUUCUUCUAGUCUCUUUGCGAACGGUGGUGGGCUCGAUGGGAUCGUAUCGAUGGCCGCAUCCGCUGCGGCCGCUACCAUCAUCCCCACGGCCACGACCGUCACUGCGACCGAAAGUAGUUAUCGCUUCCAGCCGAUAGUUCCCGAACUUCCGACUGUGCCGGUCGUGCGCAGAGGCAGUGGCACUACUAGCCUACCUGACUCUCCGGUCCCGCUCCCCAGUUUGGCCGGACCACUGCAACAACAGCGGCUGUCGUUUGAUGAUAUUGAUGAAAAUACCUCGCGCAUCAUCAAGAUUGAAAAUUAUCGUACGACCAUCGGUUAUGACAUACCGGACGGCGGUGGUGGUGGUGGCGGCGGCGGCGUCGUUGGAGGACUAGGAAUCCGUACUACAGUAGGACGCCCGGUGACCAACGAGAGUGAUUUAAUGAUGGAGAGUGUCGACCUCAGUUCCUCAAGUGGAAGCAGUUUUGUGGGCGGACCAUUGGCAGCCGAAUUACCGUCUGCAUCCGUAACGUUCGAGCAAAGCGCAUGGCACGGUUCCAUCGAAACCAGCACCGACACGCUGGUGCCGAUAGAUCAGUAUCAACCACUGGCCACCCAAACUCUGAGCGAUGUGGCAGACGAAGAAGUGCGAUAUGUUCACGAAAGUUGGCGAAAGGAAUCGCUGGACGCAGCUGAACUAUGCAGCACAGAGGCAGUUAGCAGCGGGAGAACCGGUGGCAGUGUGAGGCGUGUCAGCGGGGAGAGGUUGAUGGCGAAUGGCGAAUUUGGAGCGACCGUGGCAUCAAAGGACGGAUCCACUGGUGGAGGUAGUUACUAUACGGCAAAAACUCAGACUGAUGAUAGCAAUGGAUGUGAUUUUAAUAGUGAUAGUCAGCAGCAUUACGAUAGGAAAUUAUCAAACCAAUCAUCGUCGCUGUUUACCGCACGGUCGUACAACGCCAGCAGCAGCACGGUACCAAACGAUCAACCGGAGUAUCCGGUCGAUAAGCACAUUAUUGAAGACCGAACUAGCGGAGGCGAUAGUACAAUGUUGCGAUCAACGGCAGCUCACAUCACUAACGGCAGUUCCACUGCGGGCGCUUGCAAACCGAAAACGAACACCGCCUCGGUGCGGCCAACUCCUCCAUCGAUGCUAAGUUCGAUGAUGAUGAUGGACGAAAGCAUCUUCAUUCAGCCGCAGUUUCAACAGCUCGAAAUCAAUGGUGUCGGCAAACAUCACCAACCCGCCAAUGCCGACGACGUUUGCCGUGCGGGAUCAAUGUUGCAGCAACAACAAAAGGAACGGCGACGAAGAAACUCAUCCAACUCGAAGGCUGAUCUUAUGAGCCCGAACAAACCAACCAACGGAAGUAUAUCCCCAAGUGCCACACACUCUCGAUUUUCGACACCGGGCGCACGGUCACUGCCACUGACACCACCGAGUGUACCGUAUGCAGCCGAUCGACCGCCCGUUGCCACCUUCUCGUGCCCGGAUGGGUUGGCGCAUGCACUGUCCGAACAAAAUCUGCGACUUCAACAGAUCGUCUACGAACAUCGGCUACGGGAGGAAGCUUUACAACGCGAACUCUACGCCACGCGGCUAGCGCUACUGAAGAAGACCUGCCAGCACUGUUGCAGCAGUGUUCAGCAGCAUUACGGCAAUGAUGAUCCGGUGCCGGUGAACCUUUCCAUUACCAGCGUUGCUAGCAACUUUACAGCCUCCACCAUCACCACGACGGGUUGCGAUGGCGAUGGUGGUGAGGCCCGUAGCAAUAGUACUUCCGUCAGCACUACUACCGCUUCUAGGACACUCUGUUGCUGUGUCGCUGCGAGUAGCUCGCUUCUUACACCAUCCUUAAACGCCCUCUCGCUGUGGCAUCAAUCGGUCGAGGGCCUAAUCGGCCAGGAUAACUGCCGGAAACAUUGCCAUGAACCACUGUCGCUUGGCCGGAUGGCGGUCUCGCCGGAAAUGACCGAAUCGAUCGUUGAUCGUGCAUCACUCCGUGAGUUGAUAAUGUUUACCGACGAUGACGAUGAAACCGGCGAAAAAGACGAAGUAGAGCAAAGGAACAUAGGGACAUCUCCUACAGGUGUACUCCGGAAACACCAACAGCGACAACGACAGCCGUCGUGGAAGGAUAAUGAAACCACUCCCAGCUCCGCGACUGACAGUGAUGCGGAUGCUGGGGACAUCAGCAGUGCGGAGGACGAGGAGGAGGCAGUCGGUGCCGAGUCGCGCGGGGUGGUGGGAAGAAGAUUUGGCGCAAGUGUGUCUCGGAUUGGAAGUGUUGAUGGUUUCGUGGAUGAGCUAUCCUCACAACUGAUGGUUGAUUCGAUGAACGAAAACGCAUCAAACUGUUCGUGGGAAGCGGUUGACGACCGCAGCGCUCCAUCGUCCGGUGCCAAUUCGUCGCAGCAGAUGCAGUACAGCAGCAGCGGCGUGGGCAGUACGAGUGUCCUCUGGGUUCCAGACCAUGCCGUGACACGGUGCACCUCGUGCCAAACGGAGUUUAGCCUCUGCCGCCGGAAGCACCACUGCCGAUCGUGCGGUCAGAUCUUCUGCGCCGAAUGUUCCGAGUUUUCCGCUCACCUCCCCGACGACCGGUUCUAUCAGCCGGUGCGGCUCUGCGGUCCUUGCUAUCAGCGAAUUUCGAUCAUCACGGCGAUGCCAGCGCCCGUAUCUUCGUCUUCCUCCUCCUCUGGCCAAAUGCAGACUACCAGCGCAGCGAUAACGGCGAGUAACAUCACCAACAACGGUGCGAUGAACGGUGGAAGUAUCAUCGCUGGCGGAUUCCCGAGGUCCUUCGGAGGGCCACCGCUAGUAAUGGCGGCCAACAGUAGCACCGCCGUCAACCCGCUACAUUCGUUGGUGGCCGAAUGUAAACAUCAUGUCGCCAUCAACGGAGUUGGUUCCGUUGGUGAGGGCAGUAGGGUCGGAGAGAACUGUUGUAAAACCAAUGCAACGGCCACCGCGUCGAAUUAGAUCGUAACAAGCAGGGCAUUCGCUUCCUGCGUCCCUAAAUACGCGUGCGAAUUUGUGAUCGUGGCUACGACAUGCCAAACCGUGGGGUGACGGGACAAGGGAUACAGCAAGAGAAACGGGAACCCACAGACACACACCAACUAUCGGGGACGGGUGUCGUUAAUGUUUUACUUAUUUUACUCUCUUUUAUGACGAACUAAUGCCGCUGUGCAUAGCUUGCAUCUUAUCACACCAUCACUACAGAUGGCGCCUUUUGGGUUUGGCUACACCACAAUGUACGUUCGUUGUUGUUCACUUUUUAGCUAUAAUAAGUUAACGGAAAGAGAAAGAGCAUCCUCCACCAGCAGGUUGUUGCUAUUUUUGCUGCGUUGUAACACUCGCUCGAACGUAACUUUAUUGUACGUUUGAUAUCGGAGCCUAUUUUAGUGAUCGGGGUGGAGUGCAGAGCAGACUAUGAUUAUACAAAGAAGUGCACAUGUGUAAAUUGCAUCGAAGUUCACCUAGGGUUACCGCGAUACCUUGACAACAGUACUACCUAAUACUACUACCUGCAUGCUGUUUGUGAUUCAGUUAGGGUGAGGGAGCAGUUGCCGGCGUUUGUCAUUACUUUUGAUCGUUUUGUUUAGAACAUCAUGAAUCACCAAAACACGAGCGAACCACGCAGCUGCUGUAGGGACUGCGGCCCGCGUUUGCAACACCGGCAGGGGAUUUAUCGAGUUUUCAAGAGAAUGUAUCCGGAGCGAGAUAGUUAUAAACUGUUGUUUUGUAAAUCACUCCGACGGGAACGUGUUGAAAUCUUCUACUUCUGCGAUGUUAUAUCACUAAACUACGGUGUGUUUCGAAUCAAAGAAAACGGGCCAUUGUUGGCCCGUCGUUCAGGGGCUCACAGAGGUGACUGAAUAAAAACUGAUCUAUUUUAAAAGAAAUAAUCCACGGGUGCGCGCGCAAACAAAGCAAAUCGAUGUCCAUGUUAGCUGAGCAGUCUCUCAUCAUAGACAUAGUCAUUGGGUUGGGUUAAAUAAAUCGAUUUUUGUAUUCCCAAAAGCUACACAUUCGUCACUAGCAGUGCCCCAAACACAGUUACUCUGUCGGCCCGCGCCGAGCAGCAACAGCGGACAUUCAAAGGACAUCGUAUUUAACACCAGCGAAAGAAAAUGCGCUUCAGAGAGGCGCGCCGUAGCACGAAAUCAACAAACAAAAACAUACCUAAACCGAAAGCAAUGCAUACAAUAGAGAUACUGAUAUCAUUCAGCAUAGCUAACGAACGCAAAAAGGGUAAUAAAUAUAAUGAUUCGAAAUCGAAAAUAACAGUUUAGAUUGUGGACAUAAAAGUAUAUAUGCUUGUAUAUUAGUCACUUAAAUGGAACAGGGCAAAAUACACGCUAACUUAUAACCGGUUUGCAACCGCCUAGUAGUGCGAUACGACUACAGCGACGAACUUAUAGCAGUUAGCAGCAGCAGCAGGAAAUAGUAACGUGUACUACGCGAUCAAAGUUAGAAAAUAGCCACCACCUUUUAGGCUGGAAAAGGAAAUCCGUGAUUUAUUUUUCACGUCAUGCCCACCACAUGACCAAUUCCGGCAAUCUACACUGUGUUGCACAUUAGCGCCUCUCAGAUUUAAGUAAUUUUACACAACUGAAUUAUAAAACAAUGGGAACCAUUCGGAUUAGUGUCACCGAAGGUGAAGAACGUUAACUACAGCUGUGUUAAAAGUUCCACCCCAGCAUCACUAUCGAUAGUGUAAUAGUUGUAACGCAACCACAAAAUAGUGAAAUACAAA